ACGUCCUUGAGCAUUUGAAACGGAUGUGAGAGUGUUUUUAGUCCUCAUGCAAAACAACCAACUAAACAUAACAGAUUACAUCAGCUCAGGCUUUUCAAUUCCUGGAUGGCAGCAGAGUGCUAAUCCAACCUUCAUCCUGGAUUUCAUAAACUGAAACAAGGGAGGCUGGCAGGAGCAGCGCUGCCGGAUUGAGGAAGCUGACGACGGUGCAACAUGUGGGCAACACACUUUAUAAAGCUCAUAAACUUGUAGGCUGAUGUGUGCAGCUACCACUUUGGAUUCUGUACUGCUGCUUCCCUCAGCAAGAGGCACCAGCAGGCUGAGCACUAAAACCUGCUCUUUGGGAUGGAGCAUUUACCCCUGCAAGACAUGAAGGGCUUCCUGUUUCUCACACUCCUCCUGAUGCCCGUGCAUGCUGGAACUGCUUGGAGUGCGAAAUAUGCAGUAGAUUGUCCUGAGCCCUGUGACAGUAACGCAUGCAAAAGUACCUUCCGCUGUAAGCGAACGGUGCUGGAUGACUGUGGCUGCUGCAGAGUCUGUGCAGCUGCUCUGGGGGAGACUUGCUAUCGUACAGUCUCGGGUAUGGAUGGUGUCAAGUGUGGCCCUGGGCUGAAGUGCCAGUUUUACACUGAGGAGGAUGACUUUGGUGAUGAAUUUGGUAUCUGCAAAGAGUGUCCCUACGGUAGCUAUGGAAUGGAAUGCAGGAAAACAUGCAACUGUCCCUCUGGCAUCUGUGACAGAGUAACAGGGAAGUGUUUGAAGUUCCCAUUUUUUCAACUCUCUGCUUCAAAGCCUCCCAAUCGACGGAAAAUAAUUUCACACACAGACAAUGACAUGGCAUCAGGGGAUGGAAAUUCUGUAAAAGAGGAAUUUGUUAAAGAGAAAGCUAUUCACCCUCCGAUAAUGAAAUGGCUAAAUCCUCGCUGAUAUUUGCUUACACUUGUAAGACUUUCAAGUGAAUGCAUUUCUCACAGAUUAAUGAAUAGGCAACAACACACUUUAAGAACAAAGUAGAUCUAUAGCAUAUGAAAAUGUAAUCUCUGAAGGUCAAUUGUGAUCUGUUUUUAAUGAAAAAAAUGUUUACUUUAAAAUAGACUGUACAGUGUAUAUGAUUUUUGAUAUUUGUUUUGAUAAGUAUUUGAACAGAAAUGUAUUGUGGAUUCUUGAAUGUAUAGUAAAACUGAAAACCUAACGUGAUCAUUUAAAUAAUGCCAGAGGCCAACUCCUACAGCCCGAGGCUGGGGAAGCUCUCACUGAAAUCAGGGGACAGUUUGGGUGAGUGAUACUAUUGAUGUGGAGCCAACAUGAAAGAAACAAAUCCCAGGACAGAAAGCAACACCCCUGAAUCUCAAUAAUAAUAACAUGGGAGAACAACAGUGUGAUUAAAUUAACCAACGUUAGUUGCUAGUAAUUUUCUGGGUUUUGGAAGCUUGGUGACAAUUCCUUGGAGAUAAAUAUGCCUUUCUUCAGUGAGAAUAGACCCAGCACUUCAGUUUAUACAUUAUGAAUAACUCAGGCAAAACACUGCAGACAUAUAUUGUAUUUAGGUAGAUUUCUAAAGCUAAAUUUUGUACAGAGAAACAGCAGAUUGGUAAAUUCUACUGAUUUGUAGAAGGGGAUCUGAAACAAAAGAAGCUGCUUACCAUUAUUUAAAUAUAUAUAUUUCUAUAAACCAACUAAUUGGUGCCAUUAAGAUGACAUCUGCAUUUUUUGGAGAAGAGUGGGUCCAAUGCAAGAGGCCAGCAAAUGGACCUUUAUAUUUUCCACCUUGAUUGUUGGCUACAGCCCAGAUCUGAUUCACAAGGAGUUUAUUUGAUCUAGUGUAGGGAAGACUUAGACCCUCAGCAAGUAGUAGUUCAGUCAAGACUACAGUAUUUUGGUAUCCAGUACUUUGUGUCUCAAUUGCAUGAGCAAGCUGUCCUGUUUCAGCCAGGAGAACAACUUAUAUGUGUUAGUGUGUUGCAGAACUGGCAGUCCCUCAUUCAGUCCAAACAGGACGGAUGAUACGUGUGUAAGUCGAAAAUCACCACUGAGGUGGAUUUGCUAAUAUGUCUGGAAACAACCAGAUACUCAGAUAAUAGAAAUUGGUGUAGCUGUGUCAAUGAAUCUGGAUUGUGUGAGUUUAGAAAUUGCCUUGAAACGCGGAGCACUCCCAUUGGAAAUCUGGCUUGAAUUGAAUAAUUCCUUUGAAAUUGAUGUGAGCUUUGACAAUGACUUCAGUAAAAGAAGGAACAUAUAGUUCAGCAGUCAAAAUUUAGUUCAGGAUCUGAAAACAUACUUUUAAACUAGGAACAACAGAAACUUUUGAGGAGUUGAUCCAAGGCCAACAGCUGUGGAAGCAGGAUGCUUUCACCAGGGAAAGCAGAGAUUAAUCAUGCUGCUCUACAACAAGAGGAUGAUGACAACAAUAGACAUCCAGACAUCAGUACAGCAGUGCAGGCUCUCCUGCCAUGAUAAUUGGAGACAUAUGAACGUAAAUUUCAAACUAGCAUAUACCACAUUUCAACUUGUGUUGAAUGUUAGGGUCUGAGAGGGAGCAAUUUUAUCUUGGGCUGUUUACAAGCAAGUGUAUUGAUUCUCAUCUACUGAUAUCAAAAGUAAUUUUUUCUUGAUUUCAGUGAGAGCAGGAUCAAAUCCACAGUCCUUGAGCAGAUGAUGACAAUUAUUUAAAGAACAUAGUAAAUAUUGCAUACAUUAUUAAUAUUUUGCAAGUGUCAUAAAUGGCAUUAUGAGUUCUUGAAUGUAAAUCUAAUAAGCUGGUUGGUUUUAAAAAAUGUAAGAUUAUUAUU